GGGGGAGGGGGAGCAGAGCGGUGAAGACGAUGGAUGGAGACCGAGCGUGGCCGUGAGCGCGUGCAGCAGCAGCAGUUUGUCGCGAUGUCGGUGAACGAGGUGAUCGUGUUUCGGCCCUUUAAGCUGAUCGCUCUGCUCUGCGUCUUCCUGGCUCUGUGUCUGGACCUGGUGGCGCUGCUGAGUCCGUCCUGGGUCACCGCCGACCACUUCUCCCUGUCCCUGUGGGAGUCCUGCUCCCAGGAGGAGGUGCGGCACGCGACGCUGGAGGAGGCUCCGUGGAGCUGCUUCUCCACCCUCACCUCCGACUGGCAGAUUGCCACCCUGGUUUUGCUGGUGACUGGCGCCGUGGCGACUCUGGUGGCCUUUUUUGUGGCACUCAUCACUCUGUGCCAGGGGACACAGACACGGCACUACCGCACAGUGGCUGUGUUCCUCUUCACUGCAGUGGUGCUGCAGGCCUGCGCUCUGGUCCUCUACCCAAUCAAGUUCAUCGACGGGACGGUGUUGCAGACCUACCACGAGUUCAACUGGGGCUACGGCCUGGGCUGGGGGGCCACCAUCUUCAUGUUGGGUGGUGGGAUUCUCUUCUGCCUGCGGACGUCCAUUUACGAGGACGCAAUGUACUGAGCAUCAACACAACAUAUGCACGCAAACACGGACAAAUGUUCGAUUGGGGGGGGGUGCUCAUCUUCUCUACACCGACCUCUGCAGACCAAUGCUCCCACAACUUUUUAAGACUAAGUAUGAAGCCCUAAUUUAGGCGAGAGCGGCAUGAAUACAACCCCACCCUGCACCCCUUUAUGCCCUGUCCAGCCUGAUUGUGCAUCAGCUGGAUGCCAACAGACCUGGUAAAGCACACAGAACUUUGUGGAUGUGCACCUGACAUUGAUGCUGGACGUUUCUGCCGCCACACUGAUGGAUCUGCAGGCAUUUGAAAGGAUUAACCUCCUGGCUUCCUUUUUUUUUUUUUUUUUUUAAAUGCAGAAUUUUGCAUGUUUUCCUGUAUUCACAUUUUACUUUUUUCCUUUUUGUAAUUAUUGAAAGCAUGAAAUUAUUUUGCCUUUUGUGGCAGUUGAAUUAUAGUAGGAAUGAUGGAAUUUUUUUUUUUAUUUGGAAAAAUACAAAAAAAGUACAUGUGUACAAAGUAUUUGUACAUGAAAGAAAGUCCACAUUAAAGAACUGUAGUUUAGAGUAUUCCACUAUAAAUUAUUUUGACAUGCUUUCACUGCUCUGAUGUGCUCGUUGGCGUUCUGCAGCCUACUUUACUUUGACGCUCUGAGUUUGUGAACUCUGAGCUUUGGCAGAAACACCACAGGGGGCCCUCAUUUGGGGCCAAGGAGCAAUGAGACAAAAAUACAAAUGUUUGUUUUUCAGAGCUUACAUUCUUGGAAACCGUUCCUGUAAAUUAUGUUAAGUAAAUUUAUUGUUAAAUAUGUUUGGACUUUCAUGUUAUUCCAAAAGUCCCACAAUUCAGAGUGUAAAUAUAGAAAUUGUCCUGUUAGUUGCAAAAUUUAGGCCUGAAAUCAUUUCUGAAUUCUGUGGUAUGAUGUUACUGUAUGAUGGCUAAGGAGAACAUCUGAACAUUUUGUGAAAUUAAUGGCUUUUGCACCACUCUUACAUUUACCUCUUAUAUACACCUUUAAAGGGGUCAUAUUAUAGACAUUUUUCUAUCUGUAACCAAACAGUGGUUGCAA